UUUUUUUUUUCUUUUUUCUUUUGUUAUUUAUAUAAUAAUAAAUAUUAUGAAUCCAUUUGCUAUAUCUGGUUCAUACAGUUACCCUACAAACUUGGGAGAAGAAGUACCAAAAAUAUUACAAACAACUCCACUUUAUCAACUUGACCAAAGUAUAAUAUUACAUAUAUGCAUGACACGAAACCUGCCAAAACCUCAUUCAAAUAACCUUUGAAACAUUGUAGGAACCGAUGGUACUGAAGCUGACUCUCAAGAAGAAAAUUCUGAAGAAAUGGAUAAUAUUGACGCGACUCUUGUGAAUGAUAGUCAAACUAUUGUAGAUAAUCUUGAUAUCAGAGUUCCUGAAAAUAUCAUUCCUCCUACAGAAGAAAAAACUCCAUUGGAACGUGAAGUUAUUACUGAUUUGGAAAAAGAAAAGAAUCCAGAAUGGUUUAUGGUUGGGAAACCCGCAAAGACACCUCAAAAGUAUCUUCUUAUUCGUAAUUUUAUUUUGGAUAAUUGGCAUCAAACAAAACCCAAGUAUGUGUCCAAAUCUGCUCUCAGAAAGAAAAUGACUAAUUGUGGAGAUGUCAAUUCUUUUGGUCGUGUCCAUGCCUUUUUGGAGUCUCAUGGUUAUAUCAAUGUCGGAUGUCCAGUACCAACUCGUCCUAUUCGUACAUCUCAACAACGCAAGCCACGUGCUCCUCGUCCGCCCUCUACUUCUUCCUCUUCGACUGGUAAAAAAAGAAAAGAACGACGCGAUCUAGAAACUUGGGGAGGCUUUGGUUUUACUCAACAAGGUACAAAAAGCAGAAGACGAAUCAACAGACCAAGAUACAAUGACAACGGUAAUGGUGAUGGAGAAAAUGAUCCGUAUCAAUUGGUUCACUUGGAAGAUUAUACUACUGAUGAUGAAUAUCCACCACCUUUCAAAGUCAUGGUCAAAAGUGAUGCUUUGGCAAUCAUGGAUUUUCAUUCUCAUUUGGUGAUGACUGAAAUCAUUGGAUUGAUGGGUGGUACAUUUGAAAUUGAUGAAAAUGGACAGAAGACACUUACUGUGGAAUGUGUCUUUCCAUGCAAAAGUACAAGUACCGACAUUCAGUGCGAAAUGGAUCCAGUGUCAGAAAUGGAAGCUCGUGAAUGGUUCGAUAAAAGAGAUUUGAAGGUGGUUGGUUGGUAUCAUUCGCAUCCUUCGUUUGUUGCUAUACCUAGUAUUCGAGAUAUCGAAACUCAAAUGUCGUAUCAGGAUCUCUUCAGAAUCAAUGAAACUGAUGAACCUUUUAUUGGAGUCAUUGUAAGCCCUUAUGAUGACAAUCAGGACCAUUCGACAAUGACUUAUCUUCAUAUCAGUAACAAAGUGGAUCCUACUCUAACUUAUCGCCUUCCUUACACUUGCGAUACAACAAUCAUUCCAAGUAUCCUGAAUGUCGAUGAAGUAUUACGAAAAUUUGAACAACUUGUCGAAGAAUACAAAGAUCAUCAAGAAAAAGUGGAUAUGUCUAGCAAGAUUAAUGGUCAAUUAGGCACUGAAGUAUGUUUGGCUUCCCUUGAACGAUUUGUGCACUUGGAAUCUACCUCCACUCAAGAAUUCUUGGAUCAGGUUCGACAAUUAGUCAAUACUCAAUUCCUUCAAUUGCAUCGAGAUUAGUUUACUAUACCGUUAAUAUAUAUAUAUAUAUAUAUAUAUAUAUAU